AUGACAUCUAACACCCCCCUCCCUUCAUCCUUCGAUGGAAAUACCGAUUUCUACGAAGAAAACCGCUGGCAGAAGCUCAGCCGCCGCAUAAAAGAAGAACCCCUAAUCCCCCUCGGCUGCGUCCUAACAUGCGCGGCCCUCUUCGGCGCCUCGCGCUCCAUCCGAGCCGGGGACCAGCACCGCACGAACCGGAUGUUCCGCCUGCGCAUUGCCGCACAGGCAUUCACGCUCGUCGCCAUGGUGGCCGGAAGUAUGUACUGGGACAGUGAUCGGAAGAAGAGGAAGGAGUUUGAGGGCGCGAUUGAGGAGAGGAAGGCGAAGGAGAAGAACGAGUUGUGGAUUAAGGAGUUGGAGGCUAGGGAUGAGGAGGAUAAGGUUAUUGCUGCGCAGAGAGAACGGAGGAGAUUGAGACAGGAGAGCAGGGCGCAGAUGGUGGAGGAGAAGGAGAAGGGGCAGGGGGUCAUGGAUAGGGUUUAUGGGUUGGUUGGUGGGGGCAAGUCGGGCGAGGAGAAGGCCGAGGAGGAGAAGAAGACGGAGAAGGUGGAUAAGACUGGGACGCCCCCAAAGGCGUUUUCAAUCCUUGAUGAGAGCGAACGUAGGAGGCUAGGGGUGUUGGAAAUGUGUCAACAACUUCUCAAUAAUAGGAGGUAG